UAUUACAGAAAGAAAAUAACUGAAAUUGGUAAAAUGACGGCCUUGACACAAGAUGAAAUAGUGAGCAACACUAAAACUGUUAUACAAGGUCUAGAAACAUUAAAAAAUGAACAUCAUCAAAUUCUCAACAGUCUGCUUACUUCCAUGAAAACCAUUAAAAAAGAAAAUGGAGACACAAACCUGGUGGAAGAAAAAACAAAUAUUUUAAAGAAAUCUUCAGAAAUGAUAGAUUUAGGUUUAGGGGAAGCACAGGUAAUGAUGGCAUUAGCUAAUCAUUUACAACAUGUUGAAGCUGAGAAACAAAAAUUACGGGCCCAAGUUCGUCGAUUAUGUCAUGAAAAUGGGUGGUUACGUGAUGAGUUGGCUACAGCACAGCAGAAAUUACAGACAAGUGAACAGAAAUCAGCAGCUCUAGAAGAAGAAAAGAAACAUUUAGAAUUCAUGAAUGAAAUGAAGAAAUAUGAUUCCAUGGAUCCAAAUAUGUCAGUGGAGGAAAAAGAAUCAACAGUAAAUGAACAAUCGUCCCAAUCAUUAGAUUUAGGUUUUCCAGAUGAUGAUGAAGAUGGGCCACAACCGGAAGUUUUAUCUCCGACACAACCAAGUGCAAUGGCCCAAGCGGCAAGUGGUGGUUAUGAAAUUCCAGCUCGGCUACGAACAUUACAUAAUCUAGUCAUUCAGUAUGCAUCGCAGGGACGAUAUGAGGUGGCAGUGCCAUUAUGUAAACAAGCUUUAGAAGAUUUAGAAAAAAAUAGUGGGCAUGAUCACCCUGAUGUUGCUACUAUGUUAAAUAUUUUAGCUCUGGUUUACAGAGACCAAGGCAAAUAUAAAGAAGCUGCCAAUCUUUUAAAUGAUGCGUUACUCAUUAGAGAGAAAACAUUAGGAGUGGAUCAUCCAGCCGUUGCUGCUACAUUAAAUAAUUUAGCUGUAUUAUAUGGUAAAAGAGGUAAAUAUAAAGAUGCUGAACCUCUAUGUAAACGAGCCUUAGAAAUUAGGGAAAAGGUACUAGGUAAAGACCAUCCUGAUGUUGCUAAGCAACUGAAUAAUUUGGCACUAUUAUGUCAAAAUCAAGGCAAAUAUGAAGAGGUUGAACAAUAUUAUCAGAGAGCUCUUGAGAUUUACGAAUCUAAACUAGGGCCAGAUGACCCUAACGUUGCCAAAACUAAAAACAAUUUGGCAUCAGCAUAUUUAAAACAAGGGAAAUACAAACAAGCUGAAGGUCUAUAUAAAGAAGUUUUAACCAGAGCACAUGAAAAAGAAUUUGGAAAAGUAGAAGGUGAUAAUAAACCAAUAUGGAUGAGAGCUGAAGAAAGAGAAGAAAAUAAGGGUAAAUAUAAAGAUGGAGCACCACCUCCUGAUUAUGGUGGAUGGCAUAAAGCACCAGCUAAAGUUGACAGUCCAACUGUAACCACUACCCUAAAGAAUUUAGGAGCUUUAUACCGUAGACAAGGGAAAUAUGAAGCCGCAGAAACUCUAGAAGAAUGUGCUAUGAGAUCAAAGAAAAACGCCCUGGACAUUGUGAAAACUACCAAGCUCACAGAUUUAGGAAAUGAUUUUAAAGACCAUUCACCGCGAGAAAGAAAACGAUCUAGUAGUAGAGAUAGAUCUUCGAGACGGGGCUCAGUGGAUAGCGUGUCCUAUGAUAAAAAUGAUGGUGAUGACGAAGUGAGUAUCGGUGUUGAAUGGUCAGGAGAGGGGGUGAGUACGAGUCAAGCGAAAACCUUCCCAGCGACAGUAAACAAUCAUUAG